AUUUGACAACUCCUCGAUCUUCUUCGAGUCACUGAUUGAGUUGUCAGUGGUUGUCAACAGUCAAUUUUUUGUUGUGUAUUUAUUCAUCUAGAAAAUAUACUGAGAUAAUUAUUGGAAAAAUUUAUUUACGUUUGGUUUUUGAAAAUGGGUGACGAUGGUUCUUGGAGGACUUCAGCCUUUAGGCAAAGUGUUGUAUCAAAAAUCGAUGAAGCAAUUCGUCAGUCAGGUAUGAACACAUCGCGAAACAGUAUAGAAAUGGAAAAUCAUGUUUUCCAAAAAGCGAAGACAAAAGAGGAGUAUCUCGGCUACGUAGCUCGGCUUAUUCUACACGUUCGCGAAAUGAACACAAAAAAGGGUGCAGGAAUGGGUGUUCCAGGCCAAAAUCCAGGAGCCCCCGGCGUGCCUGACCCUAUAAAUGCAUUACAAACAUUGGCCAUUCAGGGUACAAGAAAUCCUUUGAUGACAAUGGGUGGCAAUCAGCCAGGUCCAAUGGGGACACAACAGCAAAUUGCAGCUUCAAAUUUACUACAAAAUUUAAACAGAGGCCCGGGACAAGCUAUGAACAUGCAGCAAGGGAUGACACCAAGACCCAACAUAGGUAUUGGACCCAACGGCGGGCCAUUACCCAACCAGCUGGGCAACCAGAUGAAUCAAAUGAACUCUCAAAUAUCAAAUCAAAUGGCCAAUCAAUUGGCAGGGCAAAUGUCUAACCAAAUGGGCAGUCAGAUGCAAGGCUCCGUCCAAAAUCAAAUGGCUAACCAAUUAUCCAGUCAGAUACAAAUGGGGGGACCAAUGCAGAACUCCAUGGGGCCAAUGGGGAACCAAAUUCCCAAUCAAAUGCUAAGUCAAAUGCAAACCAACAAACAAGGCCCAAUGAUGAUGAAUGGCCCAAAUACAGGAUUCCCCAGAAACUCUACACCUAAUCAAUUCCUAAGCCAAAGUCCGUCGCCAUCAGUUCAAUCCCCGGCUGGUCUCAGUGGAGCUCCAUCUAGUAAUCAAAUGGUGGCAUCGCCGGCUUUGGCUCCAUCACCCAGCUCCCAAAUGAGCAUGUUGGGAGCAGGUCCUCCAAGAUCCGUAGGGAUGGUUCCCAGCCCUGGAAGCUCACUCAACACUCCAGGACAACCAAACCAGAGUCCCAUGGGAAUGCAGGAUGAACAAGCCUACCGCGAGAAAGUCAGACAGUUGAGCAAAUACAUAGAACCCUUGAGGAAAAUGAUCGCAAGAAUGGGAAACGAUGGCGAACAUGUGGAAAAACUGAGCAAAAUGAAGAAGUUACUAGAAAUCCUGUCGAAUCCUCAACAACGGAUGCCUUUAGAAACGCUAAAGAAAUGCGAAGUCGUUUUGGAGAAACUUGAUUUUAAGAGAAGCGACGGAAGUGUUCCAACAUCAACAAGUGGGCAUUUGCCCCUCAAGGAACAUCACGUGUUCAAUCCGUUAUUGGAAGCAGUCAGUAAUAAUUUACAAAGUUCCGUUAUAAAUCACACCUUACAUCGCACUUUUGGUCCAACUUUGGAAGCUUUAUUUGGACCAGAAAUCAAGUACUUUGCUCCAAACUUUAUUUUUCAUAGAUUAAUACAUUUUUUCAGAUUGGUACCGCCAUUAAAAAGGAUGAAAGUUGAGGAACCUACCAGUGAUAUUCCAGAUGUUCUUCAGGGUGAAAUCGCGCGACUUGAUCAACGAUUUAAAGUCUCGCUUGAUCCAAAUCAACAACCUGGCUCCAAGUCAAUUCAAUUGACAUGUUGGUUGGAUGACAAACAAUUGCCUUGCGUUCCUCCAAUUUCCUUGGUUGUUCCUGAAGAUUACCCAAAGUCGGCACCAAGUUGUCACAUGGCCGCUCAUGAAUAUAACGCCACUCAAUUUUUAUCCGCCGUUCAAACGGCUCUUUUGGCAAGGAUAAAGAAGCUGCCUAAAUAUUUUUCAGUUUCUCAGUUAUUAGAUACAUGGGAGAUGAGUGUGAGGCAAGCCUCGGCUCCAACAAGCGUUCCGGUUUUUCCCACAACUUUACUCAUGGGACUGUAGACUUUUUUAAUUGUUCUCUCUUAAAACUCUCAUUGUGUAGGUUAGGUAUACCAAUUUUUAUGUAAACUAGAGGAAUAAAUUCAAUAAAUGUUUAAAAAAAAUGUGUAAAUUUAAAUUUAAAAAUAAAAGAAAAGUGAAAA